AUGCAGGACCCUCAACACCACGGGCGAAGAACCCGGUCUUCAAAUGGAAAUCCCGAUCCACCAGCAUGUCCCGAUCCAGCAACCCCAACGGGUCUUCAGCCAUCAAAUUCCUCGACAGCGAAGCCGAAGGAGUCUGUCGCGACAGGUUUUGUGGAUAUCUACGAAUCGUUGACCCCACGACAAGUUGGCGUCAUCAGUCCCAAUUGGAUCCGCAAUCGGAACGGGGUUGAUGAUUGGAACUGGGAGAGCGUUGACAAUGAGCGGCGUAAGUCAUCAUCCCCGGAGCUGGAUCCCUAUAUUGACGCACCACAGCCCGCUGCCCUAAUGAUCUCGUAUACAGUUGUUGGAUUUGCGGUCUAUUUGGUACUGUCUGCGCUGGGAGAGGUUGCCGCUUGGCUGCCGAGGCCGUACACAGUGGCAGACCAGGCCGUGCGGUUUUGUGACCCUGCCUUGGGCUUCAGCCUUGGUUGGAUAUAUUGGUUAAAGUAUGCUAUUGUGACACCAAAUCAAUUGACAGCGGCCGCCUUGGUCAUCUCAUAUUGGUUGGACGCAGAGCGAGUCAAUCCCGGCGUUUGGAUUACGAUCUUUCUUUUGGUGAUCACUACUCUCAACUACAUUCACCACAGAAUCCCCAGUCAGGUUGAAUACUUUGUGUCGUCCUUCAAGCUUCUCAUUAUGAGCGCUCUCAUGAUACUGUCUUUGGUUCUUGCGUUGGGAGGGGGACCAGACCGGGAGGUUCGCGGAUUCCGAUAUUGGAAGCGCCCUGGGGCGUUUGUUCAUCGCCGAAGCAAUCGAAUGAUUGAAAAACUGUUUUAUACCUGCGGUACCAUGUCCUCGGCCACUUUUGCGUACAUUGGCAGUGAACGAUCGGGCAUUGUUGCUCGGUGUCCGACGGUACAAAAGGCGAUAUCAAGGGCAAUCAAGCACACCUUCUACCGGAUCCUGGUCUUCCACUUACUAGGCGUCACUCUUCUCGGUAUGCUUGUCCCUCAUGAUUCGAUAUCAUUGGCCUUCUACAAAAAUGCGGCGAGGAACGCCGCUGCCUCGCCAUUUGUCGUUGCAGUGUAUUUGGCUGGCAUCGCUGUCGUGCCCGAUUUGUUAAAUGGAUGUAUACUGCUGUUUAUUCUUUCCAUUGCGAACUAUGACCUGUACUUAGCAACAAAGGCCCUCUCAGACCUCUCUAUCAAGCGCCGGGCACCCAUUUUCUUGUCCCGUAUCAACCGCAGGGGCGUCCCGUUCUACGCCUUGGGCAUCUCUUCAUCCCUGGCAACCUUGGCUUACCUAAAUGUCUCGCACGACUCAACCAUGAUAUUCGGCUACUUUGUCGACAUGGUCACCAUGUUGGGUCUCUUGACCUGGAUUUCCAUCCUUAUCACCCAUGUAUCCUUUGUACGGGCCCGCAGAGCCCAGGGAAUCCCUGAUGAUGCCCUCAUUUUCAAGGCUCGAUUUGGCCUUCCAGGCACUUGGCUGGCGCUGACACUCUGCCUCUUCAUUUCUACGACUAUGAUCUUCAAUGCCUUCUCCUUCGACACUGGCAAACAGCGAUUUGAUUACAAGUCCUUUGUGGCUUCGUAUAUCGGCGUUCCCAUUUACUUGGUCUUGUACGUCGGUUACAAAGUUGCGCUCAAGAGUAAGCAUGUGGAUCCAAAGAAAGCAGAUCUUUUGACGGACAGGCCGGACCAUCGACGGGCAGUUGUGGAAUUGGAGGAGAUUCUCCAGGAAUAG